AUGAAAGGCGGGUGGCAUAGCUCAGAAGUGAAGCGGGAUGAGCAAUUUGUAGACCACUGGGUGAAAAAAGCAAACAAAGAGCUAGCCAGUACCGAUCCAAACCCAGAGCCUCCCCUCACAAAAGAACAUAAUGAUACCGAGAAAAACGGUUUGGGACGGUCAGAAAGCCGCAGAAUACCGGAACGUGGUGGGAAACGUAUAAGCCCAGUUCAAUACCAGGCUAUAAAACCGCCUCCUCCUCCGCCUUCGGCACCACCUAGUAGCAUGCAGCCUAUGACCUUCCAUACCUCUUUCAAUCCAUAUUCUCAACCAUCACCUCCCCCUCCGCCUCCACCACCUCCACCACCACCACCCCCAGCACCGUUCGACCACCUCCCCUUCAUCCCAGAAUGGGAAGUCAACACAGCCCACCAAUUCAUCCCCGCCCGCUCCCUCGGCGUCCCCACAAACGACAUCUCAAGCCACAUAGUCCGCAUCGUACCCUUUCGGCGCAACGUCUUCCUCAUGCGCCACCAAGCUUACGCGGCCGACUACCAAGAAUACGAGUGGCUCCUGCGGCACGCCGACACGGGAAUCUGGUACGAAAAGCCCAGCAAGUCGUCUUCCUCCAAGCCCCCCAAAGUCGACACGGAGCCCUUUUCCACCCCGCAAGACAAAGUCCUCGCCGUGCCCCACGCAAAGCCUCUAAGUCUUGAACUUCCCAAAGUAUGGGCCUCGGCUGCGCUGACGACGCUCCUCGACGACGUCACUCGCGGCACCGACGCCGCAAGCUCAACCGGCUCCCAGUACCAAAGCACCAGUCUCGCACAGUCUGACUCCAUGCCCCUCGUGUACUGCCUUGUCAUCAGCACUUUUGACGCUGACCACACGUUCCCGCAAGAAGUGCAUUAUAAAGGUCGCCAUAUUUAUAAGCUGAUCAAGUGUGGCAGCCGCGAAGCUGCGGUUCUUGAAGCGUUUUAUGCGGCGGGUGUGCAUGGCUGGAAUGUACUGUUUACGUGCGUUAUGCGGCUUGGGGAGGAGUUUGAGGGGAAGGCGCAGAAGGUGAGGUUGGUGCAGUUGGCGAGGGGGGAGGGCGAGGGCGAGGUCGAGGGGGGUAGGGUGUUUUAUUAA